AAAAGCUUGUACAAAAUUCCCAGUACGCGCCUCGUCCCUCUACUCCGUCAUCUCCAACUCCCGCCGAAACCCUAAUUCUAAUCGCCGCUCCAGAUGGCGGUGGUCGCCGAGAGCUCUUCGGCUUCGCCUAACCCGCCGGAAGACAAGCCGGUGAUCGUUAGGGUUAAACGCAAGGCAUUGCAGUCCUCACUCGACGCUUUCUGGCUGGAAAUCAAUGAGAGGCCGGUGAAGCGUCCGUUGGUGGAUUUUGAGAAGCUUUCGAUGUUGGAUUCAGCUGGAAAGGCAGAACUGAAAACCAAGAAGGUUUUGGUACAGCAUGUAGAGACAGUAAGCAGCUUUGACACCAGUGUUGAUGUUGUGAAAUCAUUUCUGGACCCUAAUACUGGUGACAUGCGUGAUCGUAAAACAAAGAUUGGAGAACGUAAAUACGCUUUGAGAAAGGAGAAUCAGAAACAAGAUCUGAUUUUGUCUAAAGCCAGACAGAGGAAGGAGGUUGUAGCAAAAAAUGCACGUUUUGAACAAAUAUGGAGGAGCAGAAGAGGAAACAAAGAAACAUCACAUGAGAAUUUACAUGAAAUGUGUCAUUUCUAUGAUAUUAUACGUGUUGAUGUUGCAGAAAAACCUAAGGAUGAGAUAUCUUUGGAGGACCAGAAGCUUUUGAACAGUUACUUGCCUCUGCUGAGAGAGUUCAUCCCAAUUGCUGCUUCUGAGAUCGAAUCAGAUUUAUACGCUAACAGUUCCAAACAAGAUUCGGAAGAUGAGUAUGUGUAUGACUUGUAUGCUGUGAAGGAGGAAAGUGAUAUGGCUAUUGAAGAAACUUCAAACCCAUUCCCCUUGGUCCAAGUUGAUGACGAGGAUUUCUAUGAUGGGCCUGAUGAAUCUGAAUAUGAAUCUGAUGAUUCAAAUGCUGAAAACAACCCGCUAAAUGAUUAUCCGGAUGAGAUAUCUGAAGAGGAAGAAGAGGAAUCAGCGAAGGAAAACUCCGAUGAUGAAUCAGAAGAAAAUGAAAGUUCCAGCGACAAAUCAUCAGAACCUGAGGAUUUAGAUGAAAAUGACUUUUUUGAAGAUUAUAUAUACGAUGAAAACAACGACGGCCAUGACUCUGAUUACCAUGUUGAUCCAAGUGAUGAAGGUGAAGACCGGAAUACGGUCUUAUAGGUAAUUUCUCCUGGACAAGUAAACCAAUGUCGGAAGUUAAUGAUGGAUUAGUGGUUAGAUGUGUGAAUAUGAAGCCCUUUUUGUACAGCCUUGUAGCGAUGGAUCUAUUAGUAUGGCCAUUGAAAUCUUUCUUCUGUUAUGCUAUUGCAAGUCCAUCGUUUCAUUGUUUUGUCCAGUGAGUGGAAGUGAGAUUUAUGGACCAAAUUAUGGACGAGAGAUUUUACAGUGUUACUAUGUACUCGAGUUAUGCAUCUGUGAACACGUGGGUUGAAAAUCUAAAAAUGCUUUGGUUAAGAUGAAAUGAAGUUUAAUUUUAUCAA